UUUUCAAAUCUUUUAGGUACAGUUUAUACUGGUGGCAAUGUUAUUUUUACUCCCGAUGGCAACUCUAUCUUAAGCCCUGUUGGUAAUCGUGUAUCAGUCUUUGAUCUUGUCAAGUAUGUAAUUUGUAAUCUUCACAUCGGAAGUUAUGCUUAUUUUUGUUUAUUUACAUUUAUUAGUAACACUUCUUAUACUUUGCCAUUUGAAAUGCGUCAGAAUAUUGAUCGCAUGGCUCUUUCACCCAAUGGCGCAGUUUUGAUCACUGUUGAUAAAGGUAAUUUUAAACAUGUUUAA